GACCCAGAUCAAUUUCACUGUGGCCAUCGAUUUCACUGCAUCUAAUGGUAAGUGAUUCUAAAGGCUGUAUGUGUGUGUGUGUGUGUGUGUGUGUGUGUGUGUGUGUUUGUGUGUGUGUGUGUGUGUGUGUGUGUGUGUGUGUGAGAGAAAGAGGGCUAGAAUAAAUUGUGAUGCUCUUCCACUGUCUCACUUCUGAGGAUACGUAAAGUGAGAGAGAGUGAGAGACAGAGACACACACACAAUGCAAUUAAGGGUAUCUCUCUUUGUCAAUUACAAAUGGUGUGCAGGCUCUAGAGCAGUGGAAGUCUCAACCUAUUGUUCACCCAUCUUGGAAUACCUGAGGGUCAAAUGCCGACCCUUCUACCUCUCUCUCGUUUUCAUUUUUGGUGUUUAUUUGAAUGCUGUGUACUGUAUAUUCCACCUCAGGACAACCACAACAACAAGUGGCACUUGACGAACUGUAUGAGGCUAUAGACAAUGAGGAAACCAUGCAGCCGGAGUGUGCUUUUCUUGUUACCAGUGAUUUUAAUUCCGCGUCACUAGGACACUUGAUGCCCAACUUCUAUCAACAAGUCUCCUUUGCCACUAGGGGCGAUAAAGACCACAGUUACUCAACCCACAAGCAAGCAUACAAGACCUUUCCUCAUCGCCUCUUCGGCAAAUCAGAUCAUGACUCUGUACUCCUGGUUCCUGUUUACAAACAAAAGCUCAAACAGGAAGUAACUGUGACGUGCUCCGUAGAAAAAUGGCCUAGCGAACCAGAAGCUAUGCUGCAGGACUGCUUUGCUACCGCUGACUGGGACUCCGCCGAUAGCAUCGACGAGCUAACCACCUCCGUCAUCAAGAAAUGCAUUGCCGACGUCAUCCCCACAGUGAAGAUUUACUGCUUCCCCAUUCAAAAACCCUGGAUGAACACAGAGGUGCACACUAAGUUAAAGGACAGAGCUACUGCUCACAGGGCUAUCGCAGCCAACCCUGAGGCUACGGCUGACGACACAAACGCAUACAAGAAGUCCCGCUACGACCUCCGCAGAGCCAUCAAACAGGCAAAAGGGCAAUAUCAGAACAAGGUGGAAUCCUAUUAUAGACGCAUGUGGCAGGGGCUACAGUACAUUAUGGAAGGAUUAUACAAAGGAAGACCUAGCCAUGAUCUGCCCAACGAUGCCUCUCUACCAGACGAACUCAAUGCAUUUUAUGAAUGCUUCACCAAAAACAACACAGAGCCCUGCAUGAGGGCCCCCGCUGAUCCAGAGGACUGGGUGAUCUCUCUCUCCGAGGCUGACGUGAGUAAGGUUUUUAAACAGGUCAACACUCUUAAGGCCGCAGGGCCAGACGGUAUUUCAGGGCAUGUCCUCAGGGCAUAUGCUGACCAGCUGGCAGGCAUCUUCACAGACUGAUUACCUUCAUUCCUUUUCCCCAAAACUGCUUUGAAAGGCUGGUCAUGGCACACAUCAACUCCAUCAUGCCAGACACCCUGGACCCACUCCAAUUUGCAUACCCCCCUCAACAGAUCCACAGACAACGCAAUCUCAAUCACACUCCACACUGCCCUCUCCCAUUUAGAAAAUAUGAAUACCUAUGUGAGGAUGCUGUUCAUCGACUACAGCUCAGCGUUCAACACCAUAGUUCCCUCCAAGCUCGUCACCAAGCUAGGGACCAUGGGACUGACCACCUCCCUCUGCAACUGGAUCCUGGACUUCCUGACGGGCAGGCCUCAGGUGGUAAGAGUAGGUUUGCUGAUGACAUGCUGGUGGUAGGCCUGAUCACCAGCGGCGAUGAGAGCCUAUAGGGAGAAGGUCAGGUGGUGUCUGAGAAAGGCCCGAAAAAUUGCCAGAGACUAGCCACCCGAGACAUGACUGUUCUCCGUGCUCCCGUCCGGCAGGCGGUACCGGUGCAGCAAGGCUCAGACCAACAGACUCCUAAACAUCUUCUAUCCCCUGGCCAUAAUACUAUUAUAUGGCUAACAACUACUGCUCUCCCUCUCCCACAGACAAGCCACACUGACUCUAUGUCAAUCCACAGGUCUCUACCCACUCAGAAUCACCUUCACUGUCACGCUUACUCACACGUACACACUCACAAACUCAUUACUAACGCCACACUGCUGCUAAAAUUAUUAUUGAUUAGAUGUAUUACUACCACUACAUUGCUGUUCAUUGAUUGCCAUUAGUAUUUAUCCUGCUACUGGUCACUAUUACUCUUGUUUACAUUACCAUUAAUAUAUUCCGGCUAUCAGUCACUUUUCAGGCCUGUUUACAUGUAUAUCCACCCAUCAGGCCUACAUUUAAAUUGUUUGUCUUUUAGCAGACACUCUUAUCCAGAGUGACUUACAUGAGCAGCUAGGGUUAAGUGCCUUGCUCAAGGGAAAAUUGACAGAUUUGUCAUCUAGUCAUCUCGGGGAUUCAAACCAGCCACCUUUUAGUUACUGGCCCAACUCUCUUAACCGCUAAGCUACCUGCUGUCCAACACUGACACUCUUGCACACACACACACACACACUCACAUUAACACCCACACACUAAAACUUACAUACACACACUCACCACCACUCACCAUUUAUACUACUGCCAUACUGUUUACUAUUAUUAUUAUUAUUUAUCCUGCUACCAGUCACUUUCUCCUCAUUUCUGCCAUGUAUAUACAGUCGUGGUCAAAAGUUUUGAGAAUUACACAAAUAUUAAUUUUCACAAAGUCUGCUGCCUCAGUUUUUAUGAUGGCAAUUUGCAUAUACUCCAGAAUGUUAUGAAGAGUGAUCAGAUGAAUUGCAAUUAAUUGCAAGUCCUGCACCUACUUUAAUUGAUGUAAAUUAAUAUGUAAUGCUCCGUUGAGAAUACAUUGUAGAAUAUCUCUUAAAGGCAGAUUUUUUCAUUUAGUUUGGGAAGCCAAGAUAAAACGGAACUGUUUUCAACUGUAGAAAUAGGUUGUCAGAAAUGGCGUGUCCCAAGAGUGUGUGUAUAUGUGUUCAAAUGUGCGUAUGGGUAGGCUUGUACCGUAUGUGUGGGCUGACAACCGUUGUCCCCUUGAUCUCAAAGUUUGAGAUGUCUGUUUUCUCUCUGGCAUGUUUUCCUUAUGUUGCUUAUCAGAGGUGUACCAGCAGGGCAACCUGCCACAACUAGAACAAUGCAUCCGUACACCUCUGACAGUUAGUUCCCUGAGAAGGGAUGGGGAAGAUGGCAUUUGCUCUUCACAUUGAAAAUGUGUGGGGGGGUGAAGAAACACUGCCACUUAUCCAGUUUAUUGACAUUGUGGAUUUCUCAGAGGCUCAUAUUUUGAUGUGUCAUACAUAGUUAUAAGUAGUCCCGUCUUGUUUUGAUUUGAUCGGUAUGAAUCCUUAAAUGAUUUGGGUUUAAAUGUGAAGAAUGGGAUGUUGACAUUUCUAUUACAUAUGACUGAAACUGGGUUGCCUCAGAAAAAGUAUUUGAAAUGUAGUCAUUGGAAUAUUGCCCUCAUUUAAGACUCCCUAUAGAUUAGCAUUUUUUGUAUUGUUCCCAAGACUUGAUUUCAUCUGUAUGAUGUAAUCAAAUGCAUUAAUCUGAAAUAUGUAGCAGCGAUGAUCAUGAGUGGAUGAUUGCCAAAAAGUUUCGCCAUGAUGAUGUUCGGAAAUAUUUUUAAAGGUUUGAAAAUUGGAGUAAUGGCUGUAGAUGUGGAGAGCAGUAGCCACUGUGUGCCAGUAGUAAGGAUGGCCUUGAAAAGUUGCUUCAGUUCUAAUGUUCCUUGCAGCGGCAAACAUGCCACAGUAAGGUAAUUGGAUUGCUGGUUAUUUCUGUACCUAAAGUCAAGGGUGGCUGGGAGGUAGUGUAUCUUCUUUAAUGGGAUCUACAUGUAGGCCUAUUACAUGUUAUAACAUACUUUGACAAAGUAUUGUACUUUGAUUAUGAUUAGUCUCUAUCUACCCCAUGAUCUGCUAUGUAGAGGGAUUCUCCCAUCUCUCCCUGUUUACAAUGUUCACCCCACUGUUGCGCCUUCUGGACCAUCUGCCUUUUACAGCUGAGGUAGAAGAGUGGGAUACGACUUGUAGCAUGUUUGAAAAAAACUGUAAUUGAACUAUAUAUAUUAUGAAGCUAAUUUAUCAUAUUUCCGUUGCCUUCCUGCAUCAGUAUUCCUGAUAAUUCUCUUCGGAGUGAAAUUAAUGGAGAAUCUUCUAAUAUAUGUUUGAGGAUGAAUGAACAAAGACAUAUCGCUGUUGACAUCAUUAUGUAAAACAUAUUGUUCUAAUUGAUAUAUUAAAGCCUUUUUCAAUUUGGCGUCUGUGUGCUGCCAUGUAUGAUUUAAUAUGUUUUGGUUAUGUCCUUUUUUACUUUAGUCAUCGUACUUUUGGGCAUCUGUUUGAGCCAGGUGAGGCACAGAUUUGCUAAUCUUGAUCACAUGGUGGUGAGUAUUUAGGCCUAGUUGGGAUGCAUAGUGAGAUGUCGAUCAGUAAUUAUGCACAGUCUGACUGGAUCGUUUCCUAAAGUUGAUUCAGCUGCGGGAUCGGGGCACCACCAGUGCAGAGCUUACUCAGGAAUGGCAGCAGGCAGGUGUGAGUGCAUCUGCACGCACAGUGAAGCGAAGAAUUUUGGAGGAUGGCCUGGUGUCAAGAAGGGCAGCGAGGAAGCCACUUCUCUCCAGGAAAAACAUCAGGGACAGACUGAUAUUCUGCAAAAGGUACAGGGAUUGGACUGCUGAGGACUGGGGUAAAGUCAUUUUCUCUGAUGAAUCACCUUUCCGAUUGUUUGGGGCAUCUGGAAAAAAGCUUGUCCGGAGAAGACAAGGUGAGCGCUACCAUCAGUCCUGUGUCAUGCCAACAGUAAAGCAUCCUGAGACCAUUCAUGUGUGGGGUUGCUUCUCAGCCAAGGGAGUUGGCUCAUUCACAAUUUUGCCUAAGAACACAGCCAUGAAUAAAGAAUGGUGCCAACACAUCCUCCGAGAGUAACUUCUCCCAACCAUCCAAGAACAGUUUGGUGACGAACAAUGCCUUUUCCAGCAUGAUGGAGCACCUUGCCAUAAGGCAAAAGUGAUAACUAAGUGGCUUGGGGAACAAAACAUUUACAUUUUGGAUCCAUGGCCUUAAUCCCAUUGAGAACUUGAGGUCGAUCCUCAAGAGGCAGGUGGACAAACAAAAACCCACAAAUUCUGACAAACUCCAAGCAUUGAUUAUGCAAGAAUGGGCUGCCAUCAGUCAGGAUGUGGCCCAGAAGUUAAUUGACAGCAUGCCAGGGCGGAUUGCAGAGGUCUUGAAAAAGAAGGGUCAACAAUGCAAAUAUUGACUCUUUGCAUAAACUUAAUGUAAUUGUCAAUAAAAGCCUUUGACACCUAUGGAAUGCUUGUAAUUAUACUUCAGUAUACCAUAGUAACAUCUGACAAAAAUAUCUAAAAACACUUAAGCAGCAAACUUUGUGAAGACCAAUACUUGUGUCAUUCUCAAAACUUUUGACCACGACUGUACCUCAAAUACUUCAUUAUCCUGAACAUUGUACAUUUGGUACUGCCACUGACCCUGUAUAUAGUGUUGUGACUUAACAUUAAUCUGAUGACUAUUAUUUUUUCCAAUUAACGAACUAUGUUUAAUUGUUACCCAAUUAAAUUAAUCAUGUAACAAUUAACUCAUUAGGAUUUGGGGCACCAUGGAAGAGGUUGUUUAAAGAGUUACCAUCUCCCGAAUUAAACUCUAGAAGGUAUAUAUAUAUAUUACAUCGAUAACAGUCACUUAUUAAUCAUUACCUCAUAUCAUAUCAUCAUUCUGAACGUUGUAUACUCCUUGUAUCUGCAAAAAACCCAGCUUUACUGAUAAUUCCGUACCACACACAUUUGUUUAAUUAUUUAUUUACUAAGUAACUAAAUGAUAACACAGGAUACACACACACACACGGUAUAGGUUAUUGAUUAGAAACUGAAUACGAUGGAAACAGGACCCUAGCGGACUAACAACAACAUGACUGCUUGUUUACCAAAAGAGGGAGGAGUAGAGAGAAAGAGAGCAAGAGAGACAGAAAGAGAGACACAACAUUUAUACAUUUGGAAGCUACCCUCACAGUAAUCAUAAUACUUUGCACAUUAACCGCCGCCCGUUUGGAGUAAGAAAUCAUGAAUGUAUUUACAUUGGAUUUCUUCCUUCAUCGUUUAUCUCUGUUGGACUCAAGCCUUCUUGGGAAGGGGUCGGUUGGGCCUUUUCUCGAACUUUGAGUGUAAGGCUCUGAUUGUUCACAAGAGGUCACAAUGUCCUUCUUCUUAGUUGCCCGUGGCUUCAAUGACUGGUCAUGUAGUCUGGGAAAAAAACAACAUGGUGGUGUUUCCUUUCACUCGUUCUGAAGAGUGGUCCUCUGAAGACAGCUAAUCAGCCAUGUCGAUGAUCCCCAGUUGGGUGAUGAGAGCAGUGUAGUAGACGAUGGUUUGAAGAGAGUAACAGGAUGGUCCGACUUAAAUACACUUUCCUAGAUACAGGACUUAGAACAGCUAAUCAGCCAUAACAUUGACUGUUAGAGAGGUGACUUUGUCGUCUUCACCUCAUGUUGAUUUUCAGGGUUGUAACCAAUAUAGAGACAUGAGCUACAGCUCGAGUCUUUCUGGUCUGAUAUGUUAAUUCUUAAGUCAUCCUUUUAUACACUCUGGUUAAAAGGGGCAUUCCGUCAUGCGGACACACUCUCUGAGCUCCCUCGGGGCGUGGCUAAUUACUUGUGCAAAGCAUUCUAUGAUCUCGUCAGAACUAAAAUCACAUUCCUAUCUUAACAAAAAUGUAAUUCUUCAUAUUUCCUAUACAUCAUAAAAGAUGAAAACUUGACAUAUAUAGUGUGUAUACUUUUCAAGUUACAGUAUUUUCUUGAGACUAGUUUUAGUGACAUCACAAAAUAACAAUCCAUAAGAUAUGAUCAUUCGUUAGAUCCCCACUGACCAUUCCCCACGUUCUUCUGUUAGGAAUAUUGUUCCGGUAUUCACUUUUUAGACGUUAGAGCUUUGGGCGGGAAAAAGUAUCUGCAGACAAAGCAUUCCUUUAGCAAAUACUGGAGGGUCAGGAGAGAAUCUUCUCCUGCAUAAAAUUUAUGACAGGGUGUGAAGUGUCAAAAAAAAACACACCAAUCCCUCCUCCCCUCUGCGGGUGAGAGGGGUCUGGUAGAAGUUAUCCUUUCUAAACCUGAUCUGCACAUUUGCAACCAGAACAGGACAGUCAUGACAAUUGCUUACAUUCAUAUUUUUUUUCUUUCUCCUAUUUUCUAUUUCUCAUGUUUAUUUUUAUUGUUUUUAUUAUUUUCUUAUUUGUUAUACUAUUUUGAUAUUGAAUACUGCACUGUUGGGUAGGGCUAGCAAGUUAAGCAUUUCACUGUACUUGUUCUUGUGACAAAUAAAACUUGAAACACACACUCAAAACCUCAGUAUUCCUCCAUACUCUACGUGUCUCUCUGGGUCUGGGUCACCCCCUGCCUUUCUUCCUGAGUGCCUAUUGUCAAUACCACCAUGCUGUCCCUGAAGUGGCUGCCACUGUGCCCCAGAAUAGCACUGCGUCAGAGCCCAAAUGGCACGCAAGAUGGCUGAAUACACCCUCCUUACCACAGUCUAAAAGGCCACACUUAAGUCUAAUCACUCCACUUAUUUGGAGCCUCUAGCUCAGUAGUUCAUUUUUGAUUUCCUACCCUUCCAUUCAGCUCCUAGCCUAUCAGAGUAUUCCUUCCUAUUCUCAUUCAUUGUGUGACAGGGCUGGUGAGAGCAGGCAGUAGUUUAUCUUUGAGGGGUUGAAGAGAAGGAGAGUUCUGAAUCAUUGUUAUUUUUUAGCUGUAUUUGGGUUAGGGAUGAACUGGGAUGUGGACUUGAUGUUAAGUUUCAGACAGGAAACGCCACAUAUUUGUUUAACCAUUUAUUAGAAAAGAUUGCAAUACAUGCACUUACAUUAGUCUUGGCGUUAGGCUCUGCUCCUUCGCUGUAGCUCACUGCCAGAGCAUACAAUGGGGUCUGUAAUUAUUGGAUCCCUUGAUAAAAAUGAGCAAAAAAGACUAUCAAAUAAAUAAUACAAAUACUGAGCUAUAUUGUAUGCAAAACAAUUAUAUACACUGCUCAAAAAAAUUAAGGGAACACUAAAAUAACACAUCCUAGAUCUGAAUGAAUGAAAUAAUCUUAUUAAAUACUUUUUUCUUUACAUAGUUGAAUGUGCUGACAACAACAUCACACAAAAAUUAUCAAUGGAAAUCUAAUGUAUCAACCCAUGGAGGUCUGGAUUUGGAGUCACCCUCAAAAUUAAAGUGGAAAACCACACUACAGGCUGAUCCAACUUUGAUGUAAUGUCCUUAAAACAAGUCAAAAUGAGGCUCAGUAGUGUGUGUGGCCUCCACGUGCCUGUAUGACCUCCCUACAACGCCUGGGCAUGCUCCUGAUGAGGUGGCGGAUGGUCUCCUGAGGGAUCUCCUCCCAGACCUGGACUAAAGCAUCCGCCAACUCCUGGACAGUCUGUGGUGCAACGUGGCGUUGGUGGAUGGAGCGAGAAAUGAUGUCCCAGAUGUGCUCAAUUGGAUUCAGGUCUGGGGAACGGGCGGGCCACUCCAUAGCAUCAAUGCCUUCCUCUUGCAGGAACUGCUGACACACUCCAGCCACAUGAGGUCUAGCAUUGUCUUGCAUUAGGAGGAACCCAGGGCCAACCGCACCAGCAUAUGGUCUCACAAGGGGUCUGAGGAUCUCAUCUCGGUACCUAAUGGCAGUCAGGCUACCUCUGGCGAGCACAUGGAUGGCUGUGCGGCCCCCCAAAGAAAUGCCACCCCACACCAUGACUGACCCACCGCCAAACCGGUCAUGCUGGAGGAUGUUGCAGGCAGCAGAACGUUCUCCACGGCGUCUCCAGACUCUGUCACGUCUGUCACAUGUGCUCAGUGUGAACCUGCUUUCAUAUGUGAAGAGCACAGGGCACCAGUGGCGAAUUUGCCAAUCUUGGUGUUCUCUGGCAAAUGACAAACAUCCUGCACGGUGUUGGGCUGUAAGCACAACCCCCACCUGUGGAUGUCGGGCCCUCAUACCACCCUCAUGGAGUCUGUUUCUGACCAUUUGAGCAGACACAUGCACAUUUGUGGCCUGCUGGAGGUCAUUUUGCAGGGCUCUGGCAGUGCUCCUCCUGCUCCUCCUUGCACAAAGGCGGAGGUAGCAGUCCUGCUGCUGGGUUGUUGCCCUCCUACGGCCUCCCCCAUAUCUCCUGAUGUACUGGCCUGUCUCCUGGUAGCGCCUCCAUGCUCUGGACACUACGCUGACAGACACAGCAAACCUUCUUGCCACAGCUCGCAUUGAUGUGCCAUCCUGGAUGAGCUGCACCACCUGAGCCACUUGUGUGGGUUGUAGACUCCGUCUCAUGCUACCACUAGAGUGAAAGCACCGCCAGCAUUCAAAAGUGACCAAAACAUCAGCCAGGAAGCAUAGGAACUGAGAAGUGGUCUGUGGUCACCACCUGCAAAACCAGUCCUUUAUUGGGGGUGUCUUGCUAAUUGCCUAUAAUUUCCACCUGUUAUCUAUUCCAUUGCACAACAGCAUGUGACAUUUAUUGUCAAUCAGUGUUGCUUCCUAAGUGGACAGUUUGAUUUCACAGAAGUGUGAUUGACUUGGAGUUACAUUGUGUUGUUUAAGUGUUCCCUUUUUUUUUUUGGAGCAGUGUAUAUACCGUGCCAGUCAAAAGUUUGGACACACCUACUCAUUCAAGGGCUUUUCUUUAUUUUUACUAUUUCUACAUUGUAGAAUAAUAGUGAAGACAUUAAAAACUAUGAAAUAACACAUAUGGAAUCAUGUAGUAACCAAAAAAGUGUUAAACAAAUCUAAAUAUAUUUUAUAUUUGAGAUUCUUCAAAUAGCCACCCUUUAACUUGAUGACAGCUUUUCACACUCUUGGCAUUCUCUCAACCAGUUUCACCUGGGAUGCUUUUCCAAAAGUCUUGAAGGAGUUCCCACAUAUGCUGAGCACUUGUUGGCUGCUUUUCCUUCGCUCUGCGGUCCGACUCAUUCCAAACCAUCUCAAUUGGGUUGAGGUCGAGGGAUUGUGGAGGCCAGGUCAUCUGAUGCAGCAUUCCAUCACUCUCCUUCUUGGUAAAAUAGCCCUUACACAGCCUGGAGUGGUCAUUGUCCUGUUAAAAAACAAAUGAUAGUCCCACUAAGCCCAAUCCAGAUGGGAUGGCGUAUCGCUGCAGAAUGCUGUGGUAGCCAUGCUGGUUAAGUGUGCCUUGAAUUCUAAAUAAGUCACAGACAGUGUCACCAGCAAAGCACCCCCACCAUAACACCUCCUCCUCCAUGCUUUACGGUGGGAACUACACAUGCGGAGAUCAUCCGUUCACCCACACCGCGUCUCACAAAGACACGGCGGUUGGAACCAAAAAUCUCCAAUUUGGACUACAGACCAAAGGACACAUUUCCACCGGUCUAAUUUCCAUUGCUCGUGUUUCUUGGCCCAAGCAGGUCUCUUCUUCUUAUUGGUGUCCUUUAGUAGUGGUUUCUUUGCAGGAAUUCGACCAUGAAGACCUGAUUCACACAGUCCCCUUUGAACAGUUGAUGUUGAGAUGUGUCUGUGACUUGAACUCUGUGAAGCAUUUAUUUGGGCUGCAAUCUCUGAGGCUGGUAAGUCUAAUGAAUUUAUCCUCUGCAGCAGAGGUAACUGUGGGUCUUCUAUUCCUGUGGCGGUCAUCAUGAGAGACAGUUUCAUCAUAGCUCUUGAUGGUUUUUGCGACUGCACUUGAAGAAAUCUUCAAAGUUCUUGAAAUGUUCCGUAUUGACUGACCGUCGUGUCUUAAAGUAAUGAUGGACUGUCGUUUCUCUUUUCUUAUUUGAGCUGUUCUUGCCAUAAUAUGGGCUAUCUUCCUUGAAUGAGUAGGUGUGUCCAAACUUUUGACUGGUAGUGUAUGUAUAUUAUAUACAGUGCCCUCGGAAAGUAUUCAGACCCCUUGACUUUUUUCACAUCUAGUUAUGUUACAGCCUUGUACAAAAAUGUAUUAAAUGCCCCCCCCCCCCCCCCCCCCCCCCAAUCUACACACAAAGCAAAAACAGGUUUUUACAAUUUUUUGCUAAUUUAUUAAAAAUGAAAAAUAUAAAUAUCACAUUUACAUAGGUAUUCAGACCCUUUACUCAGUACUUUGUUGAAGCACCUUUGGCAGCGAUUACAGCAUCAAGUCUUCUUGGUUAUGACGCUACAAGCUUGGCACAUCUGUAUUUGGGGAGUUUCUCCCAUUCUUCUCUGCAGAUCCUCUCAAGCUCUGUCAGGUUGGAUGGGGAGCAUUGCUGCACAGCUAUUUUCAGGUCUCUCCAGAGAUGUUAGAUCGGGUUCAAGUCCGGUCUCUGACUGAGCCACUCAAGGACAUUCAGAGGCUUGUCCCGAAGCCACUCCUGCAUUGUCUUGGCUGUGUGCUUAGGGUCGUUGUCGUGUUGGUAGGUGAACACUACAAUACUCAGGUUUCCUGUAUGAACCUGCUGCGCUUGAUUUAGUUGAAACAGCAUUCCAGCCCCCUUUCUCAACAAUGAACAAAGUGGUCAUACUGUAUAUUGACCUCUGCCUUCUUCCCCCUCCCUAGGUAACCCGUCCCAGUCCACUUCUCUACACUACAUGAACCCAUACCAGAUGAAUGCAUACGCCAUGGCCUUGAAGGCUGUAGGGGAGAUCAUUCAGGAUUACGACAGUGAUAAGAUGUUCCCUGCCCUGGGCUUUGGAGCCACGCUGCCCCCGGAUGGACGGGUCUCACAUGAGUUCCCCCUGGUGAGUCAAACACAGAGCCCUUUGUGGUCACUUGUUACUGAACUGAACUGGACUGGACAAGAUUGAACUGGACUGGACUUGAAUUUACUUGAUUCACCAAAUUCAGCGAAUGAUGGUCCACUCCAGAAAGAAGAUCUUGAUUUAUUAAAUACAAGAGAUUUUACCCUGUUGAUUGUUUCUCCUCUCCAGAACGUUAACAUAGAGAAGCCCUACUUUAAUGGUAUAGAUAAACUAUAGCAAACUUUUUUAAACCUGUUGAUUGUUCUCUUGUUCUCCUCUCCAGAACGGUAACAUAGAGAACCCCUACUGUAACGGUAUAGAGGGCAUCCUGGAGGCCUAUCACGAGAGUCUGAAG